GAGAUAAUGGCUCUCGCUAAUUUUGCGCCAUAUAUAUGUUCGCUCACACCAUUGCCACAAGUCAGUAGUAUAGUUUUUCCUCUCCCGUGGGUGUCCAAAAACCCACAAAAAGAAAAAAGGACGACAAUCAUAAAUUUUCUUCUCCUUUUCCGCCGCUUGAGAAUUUCCAGCUCUUUCAAGCCUUGCCAAUGGCGGGUAGCAGCAGUAGAGGUAUGGUGGCUUACCUCUUAACGGGGUUCUCACUUGCCGUCGUCUCUGCGUUUUUCCUCGCCGACCCUGUUUUCAAAACCCCGGAAAGUUCCGGUCUUUUGAACUCUGUAGCUCUACAUAGCAGCACUGAUAGAGUCUGGCCGAGGUUGGAGUUCAGCUGGAGGUCAGUGCUGGCGACAGUGAUAGGAUUUCUGGGAUCGGCCUGUGGGACGGUUGGUGGAGUUGGAGGAGGGGGGAUUUUCGUUCCCAUGCUUACUCUAAUCGUUGGAUUCGAUACAAAAUCCGCUGCUGCUAUUUCCAAAUGCAUGAUUAUGGGGGCAUCAGCAUCAUCUGUGUGGUAUAAUCUACAAGUUCCUCAUCCAACUAAAGAAGUGCCCAUCUUGGACUAUGACUUGGCUCUUUUGUUCCAGCCCAUGCUAAUGCUUGGCAUCACUGUUGGAGUUGCCCUGAGUGUUGUCUUCCCUUACUGGCUAAUCACUGUUCUCAUCAUCAUACUCUUUAUGGGAACUUCUUCAAGAUCUUUCUACAGGGGAAUUGAAAUGUGGAAGGAGGAAACAUACUUGAAGUCAGAAAUAGCCGGUAGAAAGGAGGCACUAGUCAAUUCGCGUGGCGAACUUCUGAUUGAUACCACUUUCGAGCCUUUGAUUCCCAAAGAAGAGAAAUCGAAAUGGGCUGUAUUCUGCUUGAACCUGAAUUGGAAGAGGCUGCUGCUUCUGUUUGUAGUCUGGUUCUGUUUCCUUAUGCUCCAAGUCGUCAAGAAUGAUGUCACAGUUUGUGGCACUACAUACUGGGUGAUCUUUUGCCUGCAGUUCCCCGUGGCUCUUGGAGUGUUUGGUUAUGAAGCAGUGAAAUUAUACAAAGAAUACAAGAAGAGGUUGAGCGUGGGGAACACAGAAUGUAUCUGUGAGGCUUCAAUUGCCUGGACCCCAUUGAAUAUUGCAUUCUGUGCACUUUGUGGAAUUCUUGGCGGCACUGUUGGUGGAUUGUUGGGAUCUGGUGGUGGAUUCAUCCUAGGCCCAUUGCUGCUGGAGAUUGGUGUCAUCCCUCAGGUUGCUAGUGCAACAGCAACAUUUGUGAUGAUGUUUUCAUCAUCCUUAUCUGUGGUGGAGUUCUACCUUCUCAACAGGUUCCCUAUGCCUUAUGGUAAAUUCCUCGACCAAUUUAUCCUUGUUUGUUUGUAAGGAUAUAGUCUGUGUCUCUCUAUCUCCCAAGCCAUUGAACAAACUCAAAGACUACUUGCUAACAUGCAGCCUUGUACCUCAUGGGAGUAUCUAUCUUGGCUGGCUUCUGGGGCCAAUACUUUGUGAGAAAGAUCGUUGCAUUCCUUGGAAGGGGUUCAAUCAUUGUAUUCAUUCUGUCUGGUGUCAUCUUUGCUAGUGCUCUCACAAUGGGUAAUAAUCAAAUUCAAAAUCCAUGAAGGCAACUUGUUUUCACAAUUGGGUUUCCACAAAGGCAUGUGAAUUCUUCACUUUUCCUCAUCAAGAGUUCCCAAUCUGUUUCUGCAGGGGUUAUUGGCAUUGAGAAGAGCAUAACUAUGAUACACAACCAUGAGUUCAUGGGAUUUCUGGGUUUCUGCAGCAGCCAAUGAUCGUUGGCAUAUAUACCUUGUAGCAAAAUCCAAACCCAGAAGGUUUGCGGAUGGAAAAGAAGAAGAAAGGAAGCCAUCACUCAGGAUGUGUUAGUUUGAGAAUUGUUAUGAAAUUGGCUGGUCAACAUCUAGUUUACCAGCUCCUCCUGUGCAGCUAGCUAGCGUUGGAUAUCUCUUAUUCAUGAGUGUCAGUUCCUGGCUGACACCUUUGGACAAGUUCCUCCUCAUUGCUUGAAAUAUUUGAAAUAAUAAACUGUCAAUUCUCUAUGUCCUUAGUUAUCUUUUAUUUAUUUGCAAAGGCAGAUUCCACCUUUGGACACUUCCUACCAUUAUUAGUUUAAAUUAGUCUACUAUGCUGCAAAUGUUGAUUAAUCAAAGCUAUUAGAUCA